AUGACAGACUCUCUGUGUGAUACCUGCAAGCAAUUUGCAAAAGAGUUUGCAGACAUUGACGUUAAAGAGUCGAUUCCCCGUCGCACAAUUGCACCGAAUGUCUACAAACUCAAAGAAUCAGCACAGAACGGCUGUCCUCUAUGCCAAAUCAUAUUCCAGUCCUUUUGUUAUCAAGUUUCAAAAUCCAAUUGGACUGAGACUUUGGCUAUUCAUCUUUCGGUAUACAAGGUUCUCCGUCAUUACAAAACGGUUAUAGCUGAAGGACAAGAUCCAAAAGAGCCAGAGGUUUGGUGCGGUAUUGGAACAGACAUAGACCACAGUCGAUGGCACCCCCUGCCACUUGUCACGGAUGGGGAUCAAGGAGCAGGAAUUGGAGAACCGAUCUUGCGCAAUGCAAGAUCAAUAGCAGACUUAUCAUCAGCCGAGGGCGUUGAGAAGGCUGUUGCAUUGGCCAGCAGGUGGAUACACAGCUGUUCAGCGAACCAUGAAAAAUGUAGGAUACAGCCUGAGGGUUUCGACCCAAUCAAGACGAUACCGACAAGACUCAUCGACGUUGGCUCCAGUGAUGGGGCAGUUUCCCCAAAGAUAGUGAUCACAAACCACUCAUUCGAUAUUGAGUAUCUUGCUUUGAGCUAUGCAUGGGGAUCAGGCCACAAUUUCGCCAAAACGACGGCAUCCAAUCUGGUGGAGAUGACAGAAAUUCUACCAUGGGAUGACCUUGCAAAGACCGUACGAAAUGCGAUCAUCUUCACAAGAAAGUUGGGAUAUAGGUAUCUGUGGAUCGAUGCUUUGUGCAUUUUACAGAGUGAAGGACCAGAUGACCAGCAGCACAAAAUCGACUGGUCUUAUGAGGCAGCGAGGUUCGGACAAUACUACGAAAACGCCACCUUGACCAUCGCAGCCAGCGGUGCCAUGUCAUCCCAGCAAGGACUAUUCCUCGACAGGCCUGCCCUUGAAUUCGAUCCGCGACCCGUGACGCUCACAAUCAACAAGAUCUCCGGUAGCACGUCACACCUUGAAGUUCAUCCAGCGUCCCCUUACUGGGAGCUGAGUAUUCAGAAUUUUCCGCUUCUUACCAGAGGAUGGGCUAUCCAAGAACGAGUCCUAUCAAAAAGAAUACUCCAUUUCGGCGGCAGCUGUUUGCUGUGGGAAUGCUGUGAACUUAAAACCACAGAGGCGAACCCCAAUAGCCAAGAGCCCAAAGUUUACGGUUACAGAAACGAAGAGUUCGUUUCGGUUUUUAGAAACCUGGAUAAUCAGCAGAAUGAUGAUCUUGUAACGCUAUGGUACCAAUUUGUCGAGGUUUAUUCUGGAACAAACUUCUCUUUUUAUAGAGACAGGCUCCCUGCGCUGUCCGGUAUCGCGAAGAGAAUCCAAAGUCGUUUUCCACAAGAUUACAUAGCAGGCAUUUGGGGGUCUUCUAUCCCCCAGGGACUGCUUUGGAUAGGCUGGGGAGGUCAAGAGCCUGAAGCUGACCCGUUGCGUGGAACAAACCGACCCUCGUGGUGUUGGGCCUCCCCUACUCAUCCGAUCACAUUUCUGCCAAUCAUGACUUACUACAAAGAAAAGUAUUUAACCCUUCAAGUGAAGUCGUGGUCGGUUAGAACAAACGGACCUCAGACAUCAGGCCAGAUUCUCGGAGGGAGUGUAACUAUUCAUGGUCCUGUCAAGUCAUUCAACCUCUACGGUCUGAACUUGGAUUUUGUUUUUGGUCCCCAUGCUUAUGACAGGCAAGGCAACACAAUCAAGAGCGAAGCUGCGCAUGGUAUUAGGAAGCCGGAGGAUCGUAUUGCAUACUUGGAUUAUACCAACUUCUUGGGAGCCAUUAAUCGGAGUUACAUUUGCAUCUUGGUAGCGAAGCUGCUCCCGUCAAUGUGGACACCCGAAGAAAAGAGAGUGAUCGGGGCCGCGCUGAUCCUGGAGGCCACAGACCAUGUUGGAGAAGUCGAUCAGUAUAAGCGAAUUGGUGUGCUUUGUCUUCCGUAUGAACAGUAUUGGGCCAAUGUUCGGGACAGCAAAACGGUUGAGCUUGUCUAG